AUGUGUGUGUGUGCGCAGGCAAGUGAGUACCGUGUCUACACGCAGGAGCUGCUGCAGGUUGGCGAUCAGGUGUCUGUGAUUCUCCUGCUGCCGCCCUGUGAGGAGUUCAGAUCCCGACAGCGUCCAGCAGAGGGAGCUCAGCACACCUUCACCGUCCCGAUGCACUACUUUGAGCUCGUGCACUUGUGGGCGUAUGAGCGGGAUCUGCUGUCUCAGUACUGUCAGCUGUGGCUCAGACUGGAGCUGGACGUCCGUCUUUCCCAGCAGGCUUUGAGAGAAGCGCUGGACACUGAAGAGCUGCAGGAGGCUACAGAGAGACUCGCACACAUCACACAGCUGGCACAGAGUCUGUCUGUGCUGUGGAGCGAGAGCCGCUGGCUGAUGGACGUCAUUCAGACGCUGCGCUCCAAACACUCGGAGGGGGCGGUGCCUCUGGGGCGAGUCGUGACCUCACAACCGCCAAUCAGAUCAGCCGUUGAGGACACGCCCCCUGGUUUACAUACGGUAGAACAGAUGCAAACAGCAGAGGUCAUGGGGUCAGAGGUCAGCACACCUGUGGAGGUCACAGACGGGGUCAUGUGUCCGAAGACACCCACCUCACACUACACCGAUGAGUCCCGUUCCCACGGAAACAGCACCCGUAGCCAUGGAAACAGCCUCCGGCAGAUGCACUCAUGUCCUGAACUCAGUGAUCCGGCCGCCUCACAUCCCAUAAUGCCUGCGGACGAAGGUCAGGAGCUGCUGACGGAGAUGAUGGACCUGUUCCAGAGCCUGGAUCUGCUGGGAGGCAGUCUGACAGACCUGCAGGAGCUGGACUGGAGCGAUCCAGAACCGGAUCUGCAGGACCAGGAUGACAGGACGGGAGCGACGGACGGUGCCAUGACCCACAGGGGACAUCCGGUCAGGAGUCUGGUGGAGUGGGUCAAAUCAACGAUUUAAUCAAACCCAGUCUGGACUAGUGAUGGCCGCUUUUGAAUCACUGCUUAAUGAGGCUUCAAAACCGUUGCGAAUCAUUUGUUUCGAAACAGUGGUUCGGAGCACG